CCAGCAAAUACUUUUCUUCAGUGUUCUGGGAGCUCAGAAAUCCAGGAAUUAAAUGAGGCCUUGAACCCAUUUUAUGGACUCACUUCUUACUGAACUACCAUAAAAUAUUAAAAUCCAGACCUUAUAAAUACGGAGAGGAGAGCGCUGCACAUUUCUUUUCAGAAGCAGCCUCUCCAGGGACACCUCCCAAGGUAAGUCCGCUGCCACGUCCCAGAGACAGCCGCCCCUGGCAGACAGGUAGUGAGAGACAACGGAUUCAUGCAACAGAGAUAAAAGACAGAAAAUCUCCUUGAUUCUGCUUGGACUUGGAAAAAGUUGUGCAAUAAAUUGGCCUAGUUUAUCCCCGGUGACCCUGGCCCGGCGUCGGUGAGGGCUCUCCCCAGGGUGCCUGAUGGCAGCAGGGAGCCCCUCUGCGAGCCCCAGCAGCGGCAGCAGCGCUGUGGCCCUCCCUCUCUUCAACAGGCACCGGCCGGGCUCCUCCGAGAUGGCACAGAAAAGCAGCCUUGCAGUCCCCUAUGCAGUGCCUGUCCUCGUGGUUUGCUUUUUGGCAUGCGUAGCCACAGGCGUGGAACUCUCUGUAAACAACCAUGCUGCUGACUUCACCCUGUCCACAUCAUCUGGGACUCCCAUCUCCCUCUCCUGCCUGGUACAGAACAGCAGCCAGGCCGAGGAGCUGCUCUGGUACCGAGGAGACGGCAAAGUGGAUCUGAAAGAUGGGAAUAAAGUGAACAUCAGCAACAUCUGCAUCUCCCCGGCCACUGCGACCGACAAUGGUGUCACCUUCACGUGCAAGCUGAUGCGGGACCAGUCCGUCAAGGUCUCGGUGAUCCUGGAUGUCCAAUUUCCUCCCAACGUGACUGAAGACGAGACCGUCAAAGCCGAAGAAGAGAAAGAUGUCACUCUGACCUGCAAUGCCAAAUCCAACCCGCAAGGCCAAGCAGCCUGGUACAAGAACAACACCAUCCUGACCCUACAGCAAGAUCGCUACCAGGUGUACCAGACUAGCGAGGUCUUCCAGCUCUCUAUCACGAAAGUACAGAAAUCUGACAACGGGACCUACACCUGUGAGGUGAAAUCUUCUUUGGGAAGCGGGAGAAAGGAUUUCCACCUGAUAGUUGAAGAUAAAAAACCUGUUUUCCCCAUGGAGGCUGUUAUCGCUGCUGUGGUGGUGGUUACACUCACUGUGCUUUUUGGAAUUGUGGCUCGAAGAGAUGAAAUUUGUAAGUGCUUCAAAAGAUCAAGUGAAACAGCUCUGUAAGGAUCACCAAGUUCCUGUGCACACCCACAAUUACUAGUGGUGGAACACAAACCCCUGCAAGAGAUGAUUAAACACUGCAAUAAGACUCGGGCCUCAAGUUCCUGUGGUCUUUUUGAAAUACAAAUACUUCUUCACGGC